CCGGUUCAGCCUCUCUCUGUAACAUCGCCACACCUCCGUUAUUGCUGCGCUUAUUCAACUUUCAGCUUCGAUUAAGUUAGAUUUAUUUCACCAAACAGCCUUAUGUGAGUACUUGAGACAUUGUGGGCUGUGAAAUUAGAGGUUUUAAGUCAGGGUCUCUCUGAUAAACAGCGUCUUUGUGCGACCUCUGCGUGUGUAAACUCAGCUGCUUAUGUAACAUGAACGUUAGCUAGCAUCGUUAGCUCGUCAGCCACGGUCAGCUAGCUGUGUAGCUAGUUAGUUCGCUGCCGGUUUGAAAAGGAGGCUCGCUUGGUUUUGACAUGUUUUCCCAAGUGAGAACACGCCUGGCCUCGACUUUGGCCAGACUGCCCAGUUGUUUAGGUUCAAGUGGAGCGAGGAGGCUAACACCUGCCCUCUGCAAACAUCAGCACCGGAGCUACAGCGCAGACUCUGCUGGUGUCAAGGUGCUGUAUGAUGGGCUUUGUCCUGUAUGUGUGACAGAGAUCCGCUUCCUCGAGUUUCUGCAGAGAAAUGAGCCCGGGAAAGUACAUUUUAUUGAUAUCGCCCUGCCUGACUACGAUGGAGCAAAGUACCAGAAUGUCAGCUAUGAGAUGGCCAUGGAAGUGAUGCAUGUGAUCGAUGAGAAUAACGAGGUUCAUCGUGGGAUCCCAGCAUUUGCAGUCAUGUAUGGUGCAGUGGGCCUCCACUGGUUGGGUCACUUCAUGAUGUGGUCACCUGUGAGGCCGUUUAUGGAAAAAUUCUAUGCCACCUUUGCGAAGAAUCGCCUUAAGUGGACCGGACGUGGGCAGGAGUGUAUGACAGGACGCUGUGAAAAGAAAAGUGAAUGACUUUCGACCUCAGAAAAAAAAAAAAGAACUAUGUUUAAACGGAUUAAGAAAACUGCAUAUAUAUACCACACACUUAAUCCUGUAUAGCCACUGGCUUAUCAUUAACCUGGCAUUAAAGGUUAAUUUGUGUUACCAAAGGGAAA